UCUCAACUUACUUACACAGCCUGUCACUGCCCCCACAGGUCGUUCAAACUUCAAACUUCAAAAUCAAAAAAAUAUAAUCACAUCAAAAUCCUACGUGGCACAUCUCGUUAUUUAUACACACACACGUAAACACAUUUCUCUUCAUCCUCUCCAAACUAUUCAUCUUCGCCUGAAACCGAGUCGACUCACUGAGUCAAACCAAAUGGGUACAUGCAUGUCGCACGAGCCGACACAAGCGGCCACGGCGAAGCUGAUCCUGCAAGACGGAAGGAUGAUGGAGUUCACAACUCCGGUCAAAGUCGGUUACGUUCUGCAGAAGAAUCCCAUGUGUUUUAUAUGUAACGCCGAUGAUAUGGACUUCGACGACGUCGUGUCCGCCAUUAGCGCCGACGAGGAGCUUCAGCUUGGACAGCUUUACUUCGCUUUACCUCUCAGCUCGCUUCAUCAGUCUCUUAAAGCGGAGGAGAUGGCUGCAUUGGCUGUCAAAGCUAGCUCUGCUCUUAUGAGAAGCGGUGGUUCUUGCGGCAGAGAUAAAUGCCGGUGUCGCCGGAAAUGUGUUUCUCCGGCUAUCUUCUCUGCCCGGAGAGUUACGGCGGUGGGAUCUAACGGCCAGACGAGGAACGGGAAAAGGCGUGGCGGUGGUGGUAGCGGGAGGAGGAAGUAUGAGGUCAAGUUGAGUAAGAUAGAAGAGUGAAGGGUAGUUUGGGGAUUAAGUUAUUAUCGUAGGGGUUAAUUUUGUGAAUAUAUAGUGUUUAAGGGGUGCAAAUUGCAUUUUAAAACCUGGGAAAAGUGAUUUGUACUUGGUUUACAAUCAUAUGAUUGGAUGAUUAACGUCCUAAAAUGGAGACAAGAAAUCCCAAAAAAAAAAAACGCUUUAUUAUUAAUUUUGUUAAACUACCUCCUCGUAGAUAAAAGUUGCAACUUUAUCAACAUUGUUUUUGGAAUGUUAGAUUUUUUGCUCAAGAAUAAUAGUGUUGGUUAUUUAGGAAAAAAAAUGUAGUAUAUGUACAAUGUAAAACUUUUGUAAUGAUAAUAAUACAAUAUGUUUUGUGG